AUGAGGUCGAUUAGCUCCUAUUGUCGGAGUUACUGCUUAAUAAGCUAUGAUAUGUUUAAUGUCUAUGAUCGUUUUGGACGUGUGAUGAAGGAGAACUUGAAUCGUCGCGGAUGUGAGAUCCUGAGCACCUCCCGGUUCAGGUCAGUGAGUGAGAUUAGAGACCACGUUACUCAGUUGCUUCCCAGUCGAUCGGUUGACGGGGGUAGUGGGCCUGUGGUGAAGGCGGUGGACAUGGAUACAUAUUACUCUAAAUACAUUACCGCAAUCGAAAAGUUCCGGAUAGAACAGUUGGAACUUUUCGAUGAGAUGGAAGAAUGGAGACUGAUUCAGGAACAUUACUUCGUUCUGGCUUUGACGAACAUGAGGGGACUGAAGAACUUUACGACUGCCAUCCGAUGGACAAUCAGGGUACUAACUUUCCCGGGGUGA